UACCUUUCAUCUUAUAUUUUUUACUUCAGAUGACAGAUAGUAGCAAAGGUUUGUGUUUAUGUAUACUGAUGGGAUUACCUGCAUCUGGUAAAACAUCGCUUAUAAAACAACUGAAAGCCUAUUAUUCAAAAUCUGAUUUUGUGCAUAUGAUUAGUAUAACAUAUGAUGAUUAUUUAUCUUUUAAGAUAAAAGAUCAUUCUAUUUCAGAUGAUAUAGAAGACUUUUAUAAAAUGACCUUAACGCUAACAUUAACAACAGUUCCUUUAACAAUCACUAAUGAUGCUUGUUCUAAAAACUUAACUUGGAAGGAAAAAAGGCAAAAUGUAUUGAAGCUCGUUGAAAGCUUUGUCCUUUUUCUUCUUGGUAUUAGUCAACCUUACAUUGCUUUGCAUGCUGAAAAAAGCCUGGAGCUCUGUUCUUGCUUCAAUCAUGAGUAUUCAUUUUUAUCAAAUAAAUCUCAUGUUAUUUUUAUUGAUGAUAAUAUGUACUACCGAAGUAUGAGAUAUUCCUAUUAUCAGCUUGCUCGCCAUUUUAAAAUCAGUUAUUGCCAAAUUUAUCUGAAAGUAAAACUUGAAGAUGCUUUAAAAAGAAAUGCAGACAGGGAAAAUAGUGUCGUAACAUCGGAAACAAUCUACAAAAUGUCUUCUUUAUUUGAAGAGCCAGACCUUAUGAUGAACCACUGGGAAAAACACACUUUAUGUCUUAAUGGUGAUUAUAAUGAUGAAAGUCUCAACAAUAUUGUUAACUUCAUUGAUGACUCCUUUCAUUAUACUGCACAAUUUCUCAACAGUAAUGAUCAAGUUAUAAGUACAUGUUCUAAAAUAGAAAAUUUGAAAAACUGUUACCAUCAAGUUGAUAUACUAUUGAGAAAAUAUAUUACUAUUGAAAUGAAUAGGAUAAAAAUAAACUCAAAUGAAACCUCUUUUAGUAACCAUGGUAAGACUUUAAAUGACAAACGUAAGCUAUUUUUCAAUGCACUAAAGAGUAAUGAAGGAUUUUACAAUUGCUCUGGUUUUUUUAUAAAUCUGAAUGAAGUAGCUGGUGAUGUCCUAACUGGUACAUUUGAAGAGGAAAUUGUUAAAGCCUUUUUAAAUUUCAAUGUAGAACAAAAUUUGUAAAAUUCAUUUUGAAGAAAAUGAAGAUAGCGAGAUAGUUAUAGCUAGAGAACUGUAAAGGAAUUUUUCUCUUAAUACAUUCUGUUGCAUAUUA